GGUUUUGUGUUAUAAUGUAAAAGUGUAACAGUGGAAUUGAUUAGAUCGAUGAAUAGUAUUGAGUUUUUAAGCAGACUUGUCAAAGUCUUUGAUAGACUAGUCAUGGCAGUCCAUGUUGGAACUUGGAAGAACCUCAAUAUAAUUGACUUUGAAAUAUCCCAUUUUCCAGAAUUCUUUUCCAUGACUUGGUCAAACGCAGAAAAUGCUUGUUUACCUAUCAAUUUUAUUAGAGACAUUAAGGAAAAAAAUAGUUAAUCUGGACUAGUCUGCUAUAUCAGCACGGACUGCUAAUCAGUUCUAUUAAGUUUGUCCCAAGCAAAAACCGGAAUCCUGGAAAAAUGUUCUCCAUUCUCAACACCCAAAUUCCAGGAAAAGAUUUCAUCAGAGUAGCUUCUGUGGCUGCAGCCUCUGCAAUGCUUAUUGUUCCAAGCAUUUACAGAAUUCAAAAAUACUUUUUUUCUAGCCUUACUGAAGAACAAACUAGAGUUAUAGAGGAUGAUCAAGAGUGGGGUUCGCUUAACGAAGAAUUCCGGGCUGCUGAUAUCUAUCUGAGCACCAUAAUGGCCUCUUCCUUUCAGAGAUUAAGAGUGAUGAAGGACAGGGAGAUGAAGAAGCUAGCUUCUAGCUUAGACAUAAAUGAAGAGAUAGUUGAUGUUUUUGAAAAUGUGCAAGUGAAAUGGAGAUUGAAAUUCAGAUAUGUAGAAGCUACUGAAUAUAGAAGAGAACACUACAUAAGAUGCUAUGAGCUAAGUUUUCAGAAGAAAUAUCAGGAAACUGUGGUGAAUUCUUACCUGCCAUACAUUUUAGAAAAAUCAAAAGCUAUUAAAGAAGAAUGCAAGGCGAUAACGCUCUAUCAGGUAGGCUCAGAAUAUACUGUUGAUUUCGAUCACCCGAUGACGUUUGAGAACAUUGCAAUGGAUUCAGAGAUCAAAGCAAUGGUGUUAAAUGAUUUGAACACCUUCAGAAAUAUUGGAAAGGAAUGUUACAGAAGUAAUGGAAAAGCUUGGAGACGAGGUUACUUGUUAUUUGGUCCUCCUGGCACUGGCAAGUCAAGCUUGAUAGCAGCUAUGGCUAAUCACUUGAAGUAUGACAUCUAUGACUUUGAGUUAUCAUUACUAGAGAAGAAUCCUGAAUUUUUUUUCGAUUCAAUGGUUAGUAACAGUUCGAGCGAAAGUAUGCUUGUGUUCGAGGAUAUUGACAGUAUUAUCAAGCAACAGAACUCAGAAUCAGAGGAUCAACCAGGAAACAGUGGUCAUUAUCUGGAAACUCUCUUGACACUUCUCAAUGAUUCUUGGUCAUGCUGUGGUGAUGGACAAAUCAUUGUCUUGACAACCAGCCACAUGGAGAUGCUUGAACCUGGGAUACUGAAGCCUGGUCUAAUUGACUUGCAGAUUCAUAUGUCAUAUUGCAGCAUUUCUGCAUUUAACCAAUUGGCUUUCAAUCAUUUCGGAAUUCAAAAUCACAGACUCUUUGAUGACAUUGAAAGGCUGUUACAGAAGGUUGAAAUCACCCUGGCAGAAGUUGCUGCAGAACUCAUGAAGAGUCAGGAUGCUGAAGUUGCCCUCCAAGGCCUAGUUAGAUUUCUUCACAACAAGUUGGCUGAAAAAGAAAAUCUCCAAAACUGAGUGAUAAGCAAAAUCAUUCUUUAGUAACUUUUUAUUUCCCUAUAUAUGUAAUAUAUAUAUAUUCUUUUUUGGAAAUGAGGAGGCACAUAGGAGGAAUGGAUGGUAGCAUAAUUGUUAAGAAAAAUAUCAACUAAAUUAUAUAUAA